AUGGAAAAAUAAAAUAGAUUACCUUUGAAAAUUAAUAAAUUUAUGUAUAAAUAUAUUAAUUUAAACAGUUAGGUUCCAAAUGAGAAUGUGGAGAGUGACAAAAAGUUGUGUAAAAGAAAGUCUUAGCUUGAUUAUAUUUAUAAUAAUAAAAUUUGUUCCAGAAUUUCUAUGGUUUAUUUAGGGAUGUUCAGAUGGAAUAAUAAUAAUGAAAAAUCAUUAUGACACUUUGGGCUUGGAGAGGAAUGCUAAACCUAACCAAAUUAAGUAGGCCUAUCAUAAAUUAGCCCUUUAGUGGCAUCCAGUAUUAAAUUGCUGAUGUCUUUUUAGGAUAAGAAUAGUGAAUUUGGUGCAACAGAUUAAUUUAACUAAAUAAAUGAAGCCUACACUACCCUAUCGAAAGAGGAAUCGAAAUCAAAAUACGACAGAAGACUAUAAACUAGAGAAAAUUGGAAUGAACUGAUAAGCUAUUUUAAAUAGUCACAAGAAGAACCAAAGUUACAAUAUGAUAUUAGGGAUGAUUUUAUAUCAAAAGAGGAUCGAGAAUUCCUAAGAAACUUUUCAAAUAAACAAGAAACAGAAUAAAUUAAAAAAAAAAGAAUUAGAAAAAGAAAAUGAAAUCUUAACUUUAC